AUGUCUAAGCGCCGUCUCCGUAGUCGACCGACCGAGACCGAUCGAGACCGACUGAGACCGGCCGAGCCCGGCGACACUACCGAGAAUCCGAGCCGCGUUGCCAAACAUCCGAGGAAUGUCCACCAGAUAGCGCUGGCGCGGAUUACGCAAAAGAUUAAUGCGGUGCGAUCGGCGGGCGAGUGCGUUUCGACAGGGCGAUUGCCAAACCCUGGCACGCGGUGCGGGGCGGUUGGCGGGUGCCACGCAGUC